UCUUCUUGUCGACAAGACUCAACUCAAGUCAAUCCCUUUGUUUUUUCCAUUCAAUUUCCUUUACCACACAACACAUCACAUACUACUUUUCUCUCUUUCUUUCUAAUUAACAUUAACAUUUAUAUAUUAACAUACACAUAUCUAUAUCCAUUCAAUUCAAUAUCCUUCACACAUUUUGCUAUGGAGUUUAAGAUACCUCUCUUCUUUGUUCUCUUCACUCUUGUUGUCUCAACUUCUCAAGCCUUCAAGUUUUUCGUUGGUGGAAAGGAUGGAUGGACUCUAAACCCUUCUGAGAAUUACAACCAGUGGGCUGGAAGGAACAGGUUCCAAAUCAGUGACACUAUAGUUUUCAAGUACAAGAAGGGUUCAGACUCGGUGUUGGAAGUGAAGAAAGAAGAUUAUGAAAAGUGCAACAAAACAAACCCAAUCAAGAAGUUCGAAGAUGGUGAAACAGAGUUCACUUUGGACAGAGCAGGGCCAUUCUAUUUCAUCAGUGGAAAAGAUCAAAACUGUGAAAACGGUCAGAAAUUAACCCUUGUUGUUAUAUCUCCACGAACACCAAAAUCUUCUCCUUCACCAAGUGCUGGUGGAUUGUCACCACCUUCACCGUCACCAACGACAACCACUCCAUCACCCUCUGGUUCACCACCAUCUCCAGUGGCUAUUCCUCCAGCAAGCUCCCCUGUUCCGACCAGCGGUCCUACGGCAUCAUCUCCAUCUCCAGUAGUGAGCACACCACCGGCUGGUGGACCUAUGGCAUCAUCUCCUUCUCCAGUUGUCAGCACACCUCCGGCUGGUGGACCUAUGGCUUCAUCUCCUUCUCCGGCAGGUGGACCACCAGCUCUUUCACCAGCAGGUGGUCCAUCUACCGCAGCAGGUGGUCCUCCGGCACCAGGACCUGGUGGAGCAGCGACUUCACCAGGACCCGGGGGAGCAGGGGCAUCAGGACCCGGGGGAGCAGCAGCUGCACCGGGGUCACCAGGAUCUAAUUCAACUGCACCAUCGGGUAACAGUGGUUCGUUUGUAGCUCCUUCGAACUUUCUGGUGUAUUCCGUAACCCUUGCCGUUGGUGCUCUGUUUUUGAGUUACUGAAACAUUUUGGGUUGGAAGAUGAAAGAGAGACUUGCAUAAAUUAGUGAUAUCACUGAUAUGUUGUUUUGUAUGUAAUAAAUUAUUCGGGGAUUUGUAGCCUGAUUUUGCUAUCAUUUUUAGUUUUUUGUCUCUUUGGCUAUUGUUAUUCAUGUUCUGAAUUCUGAAUUCGUGAGAUGAUGAUUUGUUGUAUAUUGAUACUAUGAUAUUUGUGUAUCAUUGUUAUGUUCUUUGUAUAAUAACAAUAAAAUGGAUUAGGAUUUUUUUUC